GUUAUGGUUGAACAUUAUCACAAACUUUGCAACUAUCUGUCCUGUUAGUGUUUGAAUUGCAUGAACAGAUCUCCUGCUGUGUUUAGAGGAGCUGGGACAUGGGAGUGUGAUUAGACGCGCUUUGGUUUCAUUUUCGCCCCUAAAGUGAAAGUAAAGUUUACCCUGUAGGUUUAUGCCUUUCGACUGCGUGUUCACCGAUGAACCCAGCUAUUCACAGCUACUACAGCUUAUUAAAAACACAUUUGGUGUCGUUUUGGGUGAAGAAAUCGUAAACCUGCAGAGAUGUCCAAGCAGUCUGACCAUGGUAAACGAAAUGAUAGUUCCCAGAUGAAAGCCCUCCUCAGUCCUGGUGACUCCAAAAGCUGUCCCAAGGAAAACACUGAAAAACAUGACAAGCAGCGCACCAACACCUGUGAGGCCAGCUUCUCCUCCUCCUCCUCCUCCUCCUCCUCCAGCAGGUGUGUCCAGGGUGGAGGUAGUGGGCAGGUGGAGAGUGAAUGGAGAAGGCACCGGGAGGACGUCACCGUUUCCCUUCAAGAUCUGAAGCGACUUCCACAGUGCAACAUCAGGCUGGGGCACCUGGCCUUCAGCAGGACACACACUGUCCUCAUAGAUGUGGAUAUUUACAACUGUGAAAGACAGUUAAGAGCCCAAGACGGGAGAGACAUCUGGCAAAGUAACUUUGUGAAAAUGCCAUGUUCCAUGUCAAGCGUCAUAAACAAGACUGGAUUCACUAUGAAGCAAACAGAAAGAAAGUUGAGGUGGACUGUGAUUGCCAAGCAGCUGGCGAAACUGGCCAAGAAACCUUCUGCUACUGUGGAGGAUGUAGAGGAAGCCAUAAUGAAAUAUAACCCGAAGUAUAAAGGUCAGUGGUCCUUUGACGCUCUCAGCAGCUUUGUUAAGUGUAUCCCAAAAACAGAAAACUACUUUAGCCCGCUGUUUCCAAAAAUUGCUGCUUUGGCUUUAAACCUGCCUGGCUACAUAAAGAAGGCCAUUCCGCUGCUUCAGAGGGGUCACACUGCAUCCAUCACCAUGUCACAAGUUCAGAUAGCCUGCCUGCUCGCAAACGCAUUUUUCUGCACUUUCCCUCACCGCAACACGUCCGGCCCCAACGCAGAGUACCACAACUACCCCUCCAUCAACUUCACCAGUCUCUUUGGAAACUGGUCAGAGCGGAAGAAAGAAAAGCUAAGGGCCAUCAUGCAUUACUUCAAUGUUGUUACCAAUGACGACACCAAACCCACAGGGCUGGUGACGUUUGAACGACGUUUCUUAAAAAACACAGACAUUCCCAACUGGAGAGGCUCCCAGGAGCUGAUGCCUAAACUGUACGUCACAUCUCACGGCACCAUAGAGAAUGAUGGUACCGGCAUGCUACAGGUGGAUUUUGCAUCCCAUUGGAUAGGUGGAGGUGUGCUGAGCUCUGGCCUGGUGCAGGAGGAGAUCCUGUUCCUCAUGAAUCCAGAGCUGAUAGUAUCCCGCCUCUUCACAGAGAAACUCGGAGACAAUGAGUGUCUGAUCAUUACAGGCUCACAGCAGUUCAGUAUUUACUCUGGCUUCAGUGACAGCUUUGAGUGGGCGGGCCCCCAUGCAGACCACCUCAAAAGAGAUGAAUGGGCUCGGCUACAGAGGCAGAUUCUCGCUAUUGAUGCUCUGCACUUCAGACACAGAGGAGAACAGUACAAUAUGAUCAAAGUUACACGAGAACUCAACAAGGCAUACUGUGGAUUUAAGGGUCAUGGACACGAUGAACCAGAUAUUGCUACUGGCAAGUGGGGCUGUGGCGCUUUCAAUGGAGACCCACAGCUCAAAGCUUUGAUCCAGCUGAUGGCUGCAGCUAAAGCCAAGAGAGGAAUGGCCCUGUUCACAUUUGGGGAUAGGAAACUGGAGGAAGACCUGCAGCAGAUAUACAGUCUCCUGGUCCAAAAGGAGGUGACAGUUGGAAAACUGUAUGAACUUUUGGAGGACUACUGCAGUGAUGUGCACAGGCAGAGAGGUUCACACAUGGAGCUGUUCGACUUCAUCGGAAACACAGUUGGAGGUCACAGGAGUCUGCUGUGAGGACUGAUUAAUGCCUACUUUCUGAUUUUGCACCAGAAACUAACAAAUGUAUCUGAAAUAAACUGAAGAAUUAGCUAUUAAUAAUCUGUCAAUAUAAAAAGCAGCUGUGUUACACAGUAUGUGAUGCACUACAAUGUUGAGUUUAAAGGACUUAGAGCUGGCUUUUCUGCAUGAAUAUACUAUAUAAUGAAGAAUCUGUUUAAGACUAAAGAAGUACAAAGACACAAUACUGAAAAUAAAUGCACUGUGGAACAACUGUAAAUUCUUUAUUUUCUGAAAACAAUAAAACACCACUGUAUGAAAAUAAAUACAUCCUUCAUUUCUGGGAAGCUGAGGAUUUUCACAGGGACAGUUUACUACCUUUACUGGCAUGAUUUUGAUGCAAUUAAACUAAUUUCAAGUAAUCCAUGUUAUUUGGCACUGAGACAUUUACAAUUAUGUGGCAGGACAAUGAGGAAAGAAAAGAUUCAGAUGAAAACUGAACAACAAAGUGGGAACAAAGUUAGGUUAUGUUUUGAGUUGAGAAACAAGAAAAUAAAAACAGUUUUUUCAGUCAGGAUUUCAAUGUUAUUCAUGCUAGUAUGCAUGAGUACUACCAAUACUUUCCAAAUCGUUUCCAAGCAGUACCAUUUUUUUUAAAUUUUCCAUUUGAUUUAAUUUAAAUUCCUUACAUCUAACCUCCCUAAGUUUGUCUUAAAACAUUCAGUCACCAUCAGUACGUUGCUUUCUGUAAGCUUUGCAGGGUGACCACGUUGUGUGAGUCUUUUAAAGCAUUGUCACAGAAGUCUAAUCAACUUAAACAUUAAACAUCACAUUUGGUUGCUACAACAUGUGCAUUCAAAAGACUGUCGAGGCAGUGCUUGUGUUAUCUCUUUUGAUAGUUUUGUGGGUGUGACAGAUGAGCUGUCAAAUACAAUCAGAGCUGGAGAAAGUGAAAUCAUCCAGUAAUU